AUGAACCCUCCCGGUAUGGGUAUGGGCAUGGCAAAGCCGAUGAGCUUGGGAGGAGACCCAACUGCUGGAAUGAACGAGCAGGAACAGGCAAUGGUCAAGAUGAUGCAAGCUGGUAUGGAGUCAUGCCCCGUGAAGACAGUCAUCUCAGGAACCAUGGGUUUCGGUCUUGGUGGUGCUUUCGGUCUCUUCAUGGCCAGUAUGUCCUACGACUCAUCCUUCACCCCUCAAGGCCGAGCCAUCGCCGAUCUCCCCUGGCGUGAACAAGUCCGUCGCGGUUUCAAGGAUAUGGGUGCGCGAUCCUGGUCCUCUGCUAAGAACUUCGGAAUCGUCGGUGCGCUUUACUCCGGAACUGAGUGCUGUAUCGAGGGUCUUCGUGCGAAAAACGAUCUUACCAACAGUGUUGCGGCUGGUUGUAUGACUGGUGGUAUCCUGGGCGCUAAGGCUGGUCCUCAGGCUGCUGCGUUUGGUUGUGCUGGUUUUGCGGCUUUCAGUGCUGCUAUUGAUGCGUACAUGCGUAUGCCUGAGUCAGAUGAUUAA